UUUGAAUACAACGUUCCAGCUGCUGUUUAACGAGUAGUUUGUAGCUAUUAGUUUUAGUGCUUCAACAAUAAAUUCCUAGCCUUUGUAGCUAAUUUUUAUUACCACGGUGUUCACUGGAUAAUGACAACGAAGUUACUUGCUAAGCAACUUGGCAUAAUUAGAAAACACUCGUCACCAUCUCCUGAGGUCAACAAAAAACCCAAAUCCAAUCAGUUUUUUUCAUAUUUAAUUAUCAUUGAUUUUGAAUCGACUUGCUGGAAAGAUGGGAGGCCUCGUUACAGUCCAGAAAUAAUUGAAUUUCCAGCAGUGCUACUCAAUACUUCCAAUGGAGAGAUUGAGGUUGAAUUUCACACUUAUGUUCAGCCUCAGGAACAUCCACUCCUGUCUGGGUUCUGCAUGGAACUUACUGGCAUUAAGCAGUGGCAAGUCGAAGCUGGAGUUCCUCUUGCAAUAUGCUUGUCGCAGUUUUCCCGCUGGAUUCAGAAGCUUCAGCAAGACAAGAGCAUUGUUUUCAUUAAUGAUGUGUCUCAGCUGUGUGGCCUUGAGUCAAGACCUUGUGCUUUUGUAACGUGGUCAGACUGGGAUCUGGGAGUGUGUUUGCACUAUGAAUGUAAAAGGAAAGAUAUCAGAAAACCAACUGUUCUCAACAGCUGGAUUGAUCUUCGAGGAACCUACAAGCUGUUCUAUAACCGAAAGCCAAAAGGUCUGAAUGGAGCUUUGCAGGAUCUGGGCAUCAUGUUUUCAGGCCGUGAACAUUCUGGCCUGGACGAUGCCCGCAACACUGCUCACCUUGCCUGGCAGAUGAUAUGUGAUGGCUGUACCAUGAAAAUCACCAAGUCGUUAGAUCGGGUUGCACCCAUGAGGAAUCCUAUUGUAAGACAACCAACGACAAACUCUCUUGAAGAUUCCAAAAUCACCCAUGCAAGUCCGAAAGCUAUAGGCAAUGGCAGCGCAACUUGUUCAAUUUCUGACAAUGUUUCUGACCUAGGGAGGGCUGAAAAUAGACAUACAAGGACAAACUGUGAACAUAAUAACAUAGUGAAGCAGACGCAACCAGCUUUGACUUCAUGUACCAAAUCUGCCAGCCAUCUUACGAAGAAUAUAGAUUCCAGAAAUUGCAAUGAUGUCAGUAUCCACCGCAAGAAUUUAAUAUCUCCCAGGACUCUAAUCAAUGGACUUUCUGCUCCCACCAAUCUGUGUAAAGCACAGAAACCUGGACUACAUUUGAUCAAUAAUAUUAAAAGUCAGAUCACAGUGGGGAAUGUAGAAACUAAACCCAGCGAUAGUCCAAAUAACCUGUUGCUUGUGUCAACUACUAUUGAGUCUGUUACAAGUUUUUCUGACCUGGAUGAUAGCUUGUUAGAGUCUGACGUUCUUUGGGAAAAUUCGGAAGAGGUUGCUGUACUACCUUUGUCAGGUAAUGAGCAUCCCCUAGAUUAUGAGGAACAAGAGCAAAACUGUAAAGAAUCAAGUUUGCUUGAAGAGGAGAUCACAGACUGCCCAAUUCCUGGAGCGCCACUAAAGAAUAGAAAGAAUGACAAAUUGACUGGUCGAUCAGAAGCUAGGAAGAAACAGAAAGUCAUAUAUAGGAGCCCUCAAACAAUCAUCUAUGAUGUUGCUGAAGUAAUGAAGCAAACUGAGGGUCAGUCCAUCUUCAAAGUACCUGGCAUGAAGGAUUCCAAAGUUUGGUCCAAUUCUUUCAGAAAAAGCACUGAAUCUACAUAUUCUGUUCAGUCCCCUAAAUCAAAUAAUUCUUUAUGCAUUGGCGUUAAAAGAAAGGAUACGCAUUCAAGUCCUUUCAAACAUCAUGCUUCUAAAAGACAAUCAUUUAUUGUAUAUACAGACAAAGACUUGUCAUCUAAUGGCUCUCUGCCUUCCAUUACUAAGCCAGUUUCUAAAGUUAUUCCUCCAACAACCCAUUCCCACAAGGUACUUCAAAAAAUGAAUAGUGACAAGAUCACUCCUCCGCUAUGUGGCUGUGGUCGGAGAACUAAGAGGCUUACUGUAUCUAAAGUGGGACCAAAUCAAGGGAAAGCCUUCUAUUCUUGCACAGUCAGGAAAAGGAAUGUAGAAAAUAGUAAGGGAUGUGGGUACUUCAAGUGGGAGUGGGUAUUGAAGAAGGAGAAAAGCUCAUCAGCCUCAUCUAUUAACACUUGUGGUACAGUUUCAUCUGGAGCCUCUCCUUCUUCUCAACGCAAACAUCUAGGCCUCCGAUUUUCCUUCUGAAACUCUCAAUAUCAUUGUCGUGUCUAGAGUGUUUUAUAGUUUCCAUGAUUUAUAAUGUACCGAUUAUCAGUAUGGCCUAUUGGAAUGUUGAAGUCGUAUGGUAACUGGUGUAAUUGGGUUUCUGAAUGCACUCAACUAAAAUAUCUUGUUUUUCUUCCCUGAGUACUUGCAUCAAAUGCAAAUAACUUUAACUUACCAGACUGAAGCUUGUGUAAACCUUUCUUGUGUGUGUGUUCUGGAAGUGUCCAUUGGUAAUAUCUAUGUACAUCUACUGGCCUAAAGUGUGAGGGGCCAACUAACUGAAGGAUUGUGGGGGAGAUAUCACAGUUAGAUCCAACAUUGUCCUGCUUAAUAUAUCCAUCAUGCUUUGCUGCUUUUAUGCUUCACUCAUAGAUUAUUUUCUCUCUCUUUUCCUUCCAUUCACUCCAGUAGCAUUCCAAUACCUUGGCUAAUUAUAGUCUUGUAACUUCAAAGUUUAAUAGUUGAGUACCAUGUGUGCUGCAUUUAUUUUAAAUCAAAUAAUGACAAACAUUUCAAAUUGUUAUGAUUGUGAAAUGGAUAUUAUAACAGGGAACUGACUUUUGCUAGUAAUGUACAAAUCCAAUUCUGAGAGAUUAAAGGGUGAGAUUUUGAUACACCAAAACCUAUUCAUAGUCAAGUACAUUAUUAAUAUUAGGGCUGAAAUUUGCAGAAAGUGUGGCAUCAGUUGGAUUUUUCAACACCUUCAUCUCUGGCUAAGUAAUUCUGACCUAGAAACCGAAUCAUCUUUAAUGUUUUAAAGAGAAUGCCAUAUUCUCUUUACUCCUUUCCCAAAAAAAGUAUUGUUCCAGAGAAUACCACUUCAUUCUUGUCCCACACUCCAUCAGUAAUUUUAGAUGUUCUAAUUUAGUUUUAUUUUUAUACUGUUUUUUAAUAUUCUUUUAAAGGGUAACAAAUCUACAAAAUUAAUUAUGUUGAUAUGCUUUCAGAUGCUCAGGGGUGUAUGAUGCUAUAAGUGUCAGAUUUUCUUAAUAUUAAAAAACUGUUCCGUUUAGUAUGAGUACCUUUUUGGUGUAAAUGACUACAGAUCAGAUGUGGAGAUGCCGGUGUUGGACUGGGGUGGACAAGGGCAAAAUAACACGGCAAAAGGCUAUAUUCCAACAGGUUUAUUUGAAAACACAAACUUUCAUAGUUCAACUCCUUCGUCAGACAUAGUGUAAGAGAGAGGAUAUGAGACAUAGAAUUGAGAAGCAGAAAGGUAACAAUUCUAAA